AUGCAUAAGAGGAAAUAUACCUUAGAACUCAUUUCAGAAGUUGGAUUGUCUGCUGCCAAACCUGCAGCAACACCUAUUGAUACAAACAUCAAGCUCACUUCAACACAAUAUGAUAAGGUAAAUACAAAGAGUCAAGCUGAAGAAGAUUCCUUGGUUGAUCAAGCUACUUAUCAAAAACUUAUAGGGAAUUCAAACUCUAAGUCAGUUUCUCAGCAGCCUAAACAAUCAAACAUGACAACAACCUUAAGGAUAGUAAGGUAUAUAAAAAAUCAACCAGGUCAGGGAAUACUCUUAUCUAGCAAAAACAAUAAUGUUGUGAUUGCAUACUGUGAUGCUGACUGGGCUGCCUGCCCUAUUACUAGAAGAACUGUCAUUGGUUUCUUAAUCGAGAUUGGUGACUUAUUAGUGUCAUGGAAAUCUAAGAAGCAUACCACAAUUUCUAGAAGCUCAGCAGAAGCUGAGUAUAGAAGUCUUGCAAUAACUGUAGCAGAACUUAUUUGGUUGAUAGGAGUUUUGAAAGAAGUGGAAACAGACAUCAACCUACCAGUUGAAAUUCAUAGUAACAGCAAAGCAGCCAUACAAAUAGCUGCAAAUCCUGUUUAUCAUGAAACGAACUAA